UUUACCAUCUUUAUAAACCGUAGCCGUGACCAGUCUAUUGUCCCUUCGGGGACAUCCGAUAAAAUUGGAACGAUACAGAGAAGAUUAGCAUGGCCCCUGCGCAAGGAUGACACGCAUAAAUCGAGAAAUGGUCCAAUUUUUUUUUUAGUAAAGCUCACUUGCAGAAUCCACAUAACCAUAGACGAAUGA